UGCUCACGCUCUUACGUAGGCCUGGGCCGGCGCCGGGCAGGGCAGGGCGGGAGCGGCAGGCGGCGAGGACUGCAGCUGAGCCUCACGGCCGCCCUGGCAGCAUGUAAACAACCUUUUGCCAAGAACCCAGGUCACCACUGAGAAGGGUGCCUUAAGGAAGAAGAAUAUCAGAGGACACCAAUGCCAGGCGUGUCUGGAAUAGUGCUCGGUACAGGCAGCAUGAGACGUUCUGUGCCAGCCUCUGUUUGUUACUGGCAAAAGCUGGGGCUCUCCAGAUAGGAGGGUCCUGGAGCAGCCAGCACCAGGAGCCCCCCACAAGGGAGCAUGGGACUAGCUAUGAACUCUUUACAGUGAACUCAGUUUUACCUUAUGAAGGAAUUCUAAGUAAAAGUUACUUAAUUUCUGCAUACUGACAUUCAGAAGCCUUUGGUGUGACGUGCCAGCAAUUACUUUUGUCUACUGGAAUUAUCAGGAUUCUUCUGGCAUCAAGGUGAACUCUUCUUGGUACUUCUGGCAAUACAGACCUUUAGGACAAAUUCAUCUGCUGAAUGCUUUGGGGCAGGAAAAAAGUAAAACCUUGGAAGCAGCCCACAUAGCUGAACAGAAAGCUCUCCCUUGCCACUCACUUGCCUGGAAACUUAGUAAGGACUCGGAUGCCGUUCCUGAAGCCUUGUCCUGCCUUGUUCACCCAGCUCUAUCUGUGCCAGGGAGACCUGGAAUUUCUGGGGUUCUCCUGUGGCUCUUUUCUACUACUCUGUAUUCAGACAGUUGGAUGACAUGAACUUUGAGAUGGAGUUUGUCACCCAUGUGGAACUGACUUCCUUUCUAAGGCUUGUGCUGUUGGAAGGGACCAUCUGAAGACGCGUUUGUGUGUAGAAAGGAGGGCACCAGCCUAACCUGCAUCCUCCACCAUGUUCCUGUUGCUGCCUUUUGAUAGCUUGAUUGUCAACCUUCUGGGCAUCUCCCUGACUGUCCUCUUCACCCUGCUACUUGUGUUCAUCAUAGUCCCUGCCAUUUUUGGAGUCUCCUUUGGUAUCCGAAAGCUCUACAUGAAAACAUUGUUAAAGAUCUUUGCGUGGGCUACCUUGAGAAUGGAGAGAGGAGCCAAGGAGAAGAACCACCAGCUUUACAAGCCCUACACCAACGGAAUCAUUGCAAAAGAUCCCACUUCUCUGGAAGAAGAAAUCAAAGAAAUUCGCCGAAGUGGUAGUAGCAAGGCUCUGGAUAAGACACCGGAGUUUGAGCUCUCUGACAUUUUCUACUUUUGCCGGAAAGGAAUGGAAACUAUUAUGGAUGACGAAGUGACAAAGAGAUUCUCUGCAGAGGAGUUAGAGUCUUGGAACUUGUUGAGCAGAACCAAUUACAAUUUCCAAUAUAUAAGCCUCCGGCUUACCAUCCUCUGGGGUUUAGGAGUGCUGAUUCGGUAUUGCUUCCUUCUGCCACUCAGGAUUGCACUGGCAUUCACAGGGAUCAGCCUCUUGGUUGUGGGUUUUACUAUGUGUGCUAAUAUUUCUAUAAGUACACAAACACCUCAGCUGUCCUGUUGUUGCAGGUUUAAGGAGUUUUUGAGUAAACAUGUUCACUUAAUGUGCUACCGGAUCUGUGUGCGAGCUCUGACAGCCAUCAUUACCUACCACAACAGGAAAAACAGACCAAGAAAUGGUGGCAUCUGUGUGGCUAAUCAUACAUCUCCCAUCGAUGUGAUCAUCUUGGCCAGCGAUGGCUACUAUGCCAUGGUGGGGCAAGUGCACGGAGGCCUUAUGGGUGUGAUUCAAAGAGCCAUGGUCAAAGCCUGCCCACACAUCUGGUUUGAGCGUUCUGAAGUGAAAGAUCGCCACCUGGUGGCUAAGAGACUGACUGAGCACGUACAAGAUAAAAGUAAGCUGCCCAUCCUCAUCUUCCCAGAAGGAACCUGCAUCAAUAACACAUCAGUGAUGAUGUUCAAAAAGGGAAGCUUUGAAAUUGGAGCCACUGUUUACCCUGUUGCUAUCAAGUAUGACCCUCAGUUUGGUGACGCCUUCUGGAACAGCAGCAAGUACGGGAUGGUGACAUACUUGCUGAGGAUGAUGACCAGCUGGGCCAUCGUCUGCAGCGUUUGGUACCUGCCUGCUAUGACCAGAGAGAAAGAUGAAGAUGCUGUGCAGUUUGCUAACAGGGUGAAGUCUGCCAUUGCCCGGCAGGGAGGAUUGGUAGACCUUCUAUGGGAUGGUGGAUUGAAGAGAGAAAAAGUGAAGGACACAUUCAAGGAGGAGCAGCAGAAACUGUAUAGCAAGAUGAUUGUUGGUAACCAUGAGGACCGGAGCCGGUCCUGAACCUCUGCCUGGCCCUGGCUGGAGCUGCCACCUUUAAAUUCUGACAAGUGAGCCAGCUGGAGUUGUUGCUGCCACAACCUCUGCCACCAUCCCUGCCACCCACUGCUGCAUCUUCCAGACUCUGGCCCUCAGGCUGUUCUGGGCUCCAGGACUCCUGAGCUUCAUCAGAGCCCCAUGCGCUGCCUGCUGUCCUCUAACCAGAAAGCUGCUAGCCGGGGCUCCCCAGGACAAAAUGCCUCUUGUUCCUUUAUAAUAAGCCUGUAAGAGGAAGACCAUUAAAGCAGCUCUGUGGUAUGCUAGCUGGUGGGAAGGCGGGCCCUAUUCUUGUCCUGAGAGAAUGUUGGGUGUUACUGUGUAGGGACAUACACAUGCUGGGGAAAGUCAGAAGAGACACUGCUGAGGCAGGUGCCCAAACAACCUCCAGCCUGGGAGCUUUUAGAUGGGACAAGAAGAAAGCUAUCUACAGGAGUAUUAGUUCCACUCAGCAGAUGGAGUUGUAAGUUCUUGUGUCUUGCUUACGAAGAUCAGCAGAGGAGAUAGGAAGAAGCCAGUGGGCCGCUGGCCAGCUAGCUAGCCCCAGGAAGAUUUGAUUCAGACUCCAGGCUGAGCCUGAGUCCCCCACAUGACUUGUCUGUUUACUGUGUCUCAGUUUCCCUGUCUGUUACAUGGAAUUGCCAAGGGUGGAAAUAACCUACCUCACAGGGUUGUUGUGGGGAUUCUAGUGCUAGUAUAUGUGAAGGAAAUGGAUGGUGGUCUCACAGGGACGGCUUCAUAGAAUGUGGCAGGACAAGGUCAGCAUUCACAGCUGCUGCCCAGGAUUUAAACUUGUUUUGUGAGUAAAUAAAACUGGAUGGUAAAUGAACUUAGGAACUUUGCCUUCACUCCCCGAGAAAUGUAUUUCUUGCCAUUUAACAGCGGUAGUACUUGAAAAUGACCCUGGCCUGCAGGGUCUGGAAUGAGGAUAGUAUUGCUCAGGAGAGGGUAACCUUUCAGAUUAGAUGUUUUCAUGUCUUAUUUCUAGCUUUCUCUCCAGAUGAGAGCCAUGGAAACAAACUGUUGAUGAGGUUGGAGAGAGGCCCUGUCGGUGGCAUUCUGGAUUUGAGAACUGUGGGACACGGCAGAUAUUAAGGCAUGAGGAGGGAGCAGAGUGCUGGGGAGGACUGAUGAGUUAGGCAGGAGGGAUGGGUACACUGCAUGCACCCAUGGGAGAAAUGGCAGGCCUGCAAGCCGCCCAGCAACACCAAAGUCAGCCUCUAUUUCUUCUGAGGUCUACCAACUUCGAAUUCCUCCAAAGGAAGAGUUCCCUGCUACCCACAUGAUCUCCAAGUCUAGGAGUGCAGCCUGGCUCCCAAGGCUAUGAACUGAUGCCACUCUGACACUUGAGAACCUGUGGUGUCACCCCACCUUCCUCCCAUUCCCUCCUGCCUGCUCCAUUCCCAGUGGAAAACACUUUUCAAAUAAAAACACCAAUGACUGUAAGAACAGCCUCGUGGGGACUGUUUUACAAAUGUUCAAAAAUAAAAAGUGGGUCUCGGCUUAUGUAGA